UAGUGUAGUGGUUAUCACGUUCGCUUCACACGCCCCUUUUUGGAGUUUCAGGAAGUGGAAGAGAAGCAGGUGUCUGAGUGCUUGAGAGAGAAUAUCGUUUUUUUUGGAGGUCUAGUUGACUUAUGAGUUUGAAAGUUUGUGAGUGACUGUAGUGAAGUUUCUGUGAAACGUUUUUGCUAUUGUCCCCCAUCAGCGUGAGCUGUUUGGGGGAUAUUGCUUAAAAUAACCGGACGGACAACAUGGCUUCGACAUCAAGAAUACAAACGACGACGAGAAAGGACAACAGUGAAAUCAGAAUGUUAAACGAAGAACUGAAAAAAAGAACAUAUGAGAAGGAACUGACGGUGAACGUGGAAAUAAGUGGAGAAGGGAAAAUAACAACGAUGGAAUUGCUGAGAGGAAUAAAGGAAGUUUGCGGAACAAUACUGGGAUGUCGAAUGAAAGACGGGAAUAAGUAUGAAGUAACAAUGUCUCAUGUAAAUGGAAAAGAAAGACUAAUAGACGGGCUAAAGAUAAAGAACUGUCAAAUCAUGGCUAAAGAACUAGGGAACGAUGAGCUGGUGGUGUCCUUUUUGAACUUGCCCGCAUACAUUACGGAUGAGGAGAUAGAAGAGAAACUAAAAGGCUGGAAGGUGAAGGCGACCACGCCAAUCAAGAGGAGGAUGUGGCCAGGAACGGACAUUGUAGAUGGGACAAGAUUUUGCAAGGUAAAGUUUACAGACAAUGUGCAAUCCUUGCCAUAUUCUACUAAAUUUAACACUGUCGAGGGAUUUGAAUAUUUUCGUGUAAUCCACGACAAUCAAGUGAAGGUAUGUAGAUUAUGUAUUCAGCCGGGGCACAUACUUAAGGAAUGUCCGGAAUUCACAUGCCACAAAUGUAGUGAACAAGGGCAUUAUGCCAGAGAAUGUCGGAACAUAGGAAAUGUGUGCAAAAUGUGUGACAGACCUAAAGUUAGAUGUAGCUGUAAUAAGGGAGAAAAUCACUUACUUUUGCAAACAAUGGACCUCACGUCUGAGGAAGAGGGGAGUGUGCCUAUGGAGAGGGAGGAUGAGAGUGACAUGGAGAGUGUGACUCCAGAGACAGUGGCAGAUAAGCUUGAAGAGCCUGUAAUGUCUCCUGGCAAAGCACGAGACGCCGUUUUAGUCUCUGCUGCUGACAAGGUGGAACAGCAGCACAUGAUGGGUGAAAGACAUACACAGGUAGAGAUGGUGCAAGGUGCUUCUCAGGUGCCUGAGCCAGCUUUAAGCCUGUGUAAAAAUUACACCAAAGAGUGGGCUGGGUCCACUGAAGUCACGGGCACUGUUAAAGCGCACUUUUCAAAAGGCUUCCCCGCCGAUCCCCCAAAAAUCCAAAUAAAGAGACGGAUGAUGAAAUAGAUAGUGAGGAUCUUCAGUUGUUUGUAAAAAAUAAGAGGUCAUUGUCGAAAACCAGGGAGAUGAUGGGUUUUGGAA